AUGACCUCUGACUCCAAAGUCCGUGCUUUUCCCACUGAGCCAUACUGCUUCCCAAAAAUAAUCACAUGAAGUGAUUCAGAUGUGCCUGAAGCCUGGCCGCAGCACCCACCUCUAGAGGGAAGAAUGCCAAGAAUCCCAACCGAAGGGGAGGUGUGAUUUGGAGAAUGAGGACUAGUUGUUUGGCAGAGGAAUAUUUUUUCCCAUAAAGAACCAUCAAGACUGAGCAGCUACAUCAAUAAGCCUUGAAGACAGAUUCCGUAGGAGCUACUUGCUAAAUGGGUGCUUCAGUUUUAUUUCAUUUUCCAGCCUCCCUGACCAAAAGUAAUUUAGUGCCCUGGGGACUCUGGUUUUGGAGGAAGACAAACUUUCUAUCACCCUGCAUCGUUGUGCCUUCAAACCAGCUAGCAGGCAAGAAAGAUUCCCAACAUCUCCUUGUGCUGAAUGAAAGUGAACUAGAAGAACAGUUUGUGAAAGGCCACGGUCCUGGUGGCCAAGCCACCAAUAAAACAAGCAACUGCGUGGUCCUGAAGCAUAUCCCAUCCGGGAUUGUGGUCAAGUGUCAUCAAACAAGAUCAGUCGACCAAAACCGAAAAAAAGCUAGGGAAAUACUACAAGAAAAGGUGGACAUUUUCUACAAAGGUGAAAACAGUUACAUUUUCAAAGCAAAACGUGAAGCAGAAAAGAAUAAACGAGAAAAGAAGAGAAAAGCAAAGGAGAUUUUAGAAAAAAAGAAACACUUAAAGGAACUACAGAAAGCAUGUCAAGAAGAUGUUGGUCACAUAACUGUGAAGGACUAAUAUCAGUGGUUUUAAUCUAUUGUAUAACUUUUAAAAUAAAUACAUUUUUGUAAAAACA